AUGACACAAAGCAUCGAGAUGAAAACCCUGGCCAAAAGGCUGAUGAAAAUUGAGAACAACAACCAGGAAACUGAUAAAAAGAAGCAAGUUUCGUAUCGUCAAAGUUUUUGCCCAGAUGAUUGGAUUGGUUUCCAAGACAAAUGUUAUUAUUUCUCUGAAAACGAAGGGGAUUGGAAAUCAAGUAGAGACAACUGUACUACCGCACAUGCUGAUCUAACAACGAUUGACACUGAUAAAGAAAUGUCUUUUCUUCAUCGGUACAAAUGCGGUUCUGAUCAUUGGAUUGGGCUGAAGAUGACAAAAAAUCAAACAGGACAAUGGGUAAAUGGAAGCAUAUUUUCCAAAUGGUUUAAUGUGAAAGGGAGUGAAGAAUGUGCUUACCUUAAUGAUAAUGGUGCUGGAACAGCUCGGUGCUACACAGAAAGAAAAUGGAUUUGUAGGAAAAAUAUACACUAACUUGAAGAUGGGAGAGACAGAAGAUAAAAUUAUG